AUGGUCACGCCUGACGCUACACCCAACGUCAACGGCGUGAGGCUCGCACCCAACUCGACGAAUACCAUAGGCAACCCAUCAACUGAGCUAACAACCUUCAAUCCGAUCAUCAACAACAAAGUAUCCGGAUCCAACACGGAUAGCAGACGAGGAAGUGGCGACGAAGUACCGAUCCGAAACCCCAGCAUCAAACAGCGACUGAAGAACCCCACGGAACACCCAUGGUUAAUCCUCGCUAUAAUCGCUCUUGCGGUGCUUGGCUUGGGCAUUCUUGCCAUGGCUAUAGUUCUCGGGCUGAGAUACGCACCGGACCACAGCAGUGCCACGACUGAUCGUGCAAAGCCAUCAUCCGACACCCCCACUAUAGGUUCUUCCUCUGUACCCCCCGAAAGUGGUGUCAACACACCAACAUCGUUGCCGCACUCGCCUAUCACCAUCUCCACCCCCGCAGAGUCCAUAUCAAGCCUCAUUGAGAGUAUGACUUCAAUGAUGUUUACGACAACACAAAAAUCCACCCAAGCACCUUCAACCCAACCUCAACCCCCAACUACCCUUGCACUGCAGACGCCCAAUGCACUCCAAACAUCUGUUACACCGAGCCGACCGCGACCUACUGCUGUGGCCCAACAAUACAAGGUUGUCCUGGAUGGCCAUGCACUGACAUAG